AUGCGCGCUGCACGAGGCAGCCGACUGGCGAGAGAACAGCCGUUAAAGCGGAGCCCAGCGCCCUACGCUGGCUUGGAGCAUGUGGGGCUUUGCGGGGAAAUAAAGCAUUUUCAGGACCUACAACGGGAUAGAUUAACUACACUAAAGCUAUCUGGAAGUUCUUCCCUAGCAACAUUUUCGAGAACUCAAAGCUUCACAAGAAUAAUGAAGCUGACCUUCCGAAAGUCGUUUUCAGCAAAAGCUCGUUUCCAUACAGGCGAUACCAGCAAAAGAGACGACGCAGGUCGCAGCACCUCCUCUCACGGCCGCAGGAGGGCCCAAGUGGCCGUUAAACGGUCCUUAUAUGUGCGCAGGCGCACGACGCUGCCGCUCUGCGCAUGCGUCGCUCCGCCCCGCGCAUGCGUGAAGAGGGCGCGGGUCAUGGCGGCGCGUGGCGUGCCGGCCGAGGCCUGCGUGGGUCAGUUAGUGCUGCCGGGGGAUGUGCUGCUCCUGCCCGCGCACCCCGACGAGGACAGCGAGCGGCUGCGCCUGGGCGCCGGCGCGGCCCGGCGGGGACGGCUACUCUGCGGCCCGGGACUGAGGCGCAGCGACGCCGGGCUCGUGGUUACUAAGUGCGGGCUGCUGCGGCACCGCCCCGCAGGUGGCGGCGGCGGCGGCGCCUUCUGGGUGGACUCGCAGCAGAAGCGGUACGUGCCGGUCAAGGGAGAUCACGUAAUAGGAAUAGUGACGGCCAAAACGGGAGACCUCUUCAAGGUGGAUGUGGGGGGAAGCGAGCUGGCGUCUCUGUCCUACCUGGCGUUUGAAGGCGCAACGAAGAGGAACAGGCCGAAUGUGCAGGUGGGAGAUCUUAUUUAUGGUCAGUUUCUUGUAGCAAACAAAGACAUGGAACCAGAGCUGGUCUGUAUAGACAGCAGUGGAAGAGCAAGUGGCAUGGGAAUAAUUGGAGAAGACGGCUUCCUUUUUAAAGUUUCCUUAGGUCUAAUAAGAAAACUUUUGGCUCCCAAAUGUGAAAUAAUUCAGGAGUUGUCACAAUUGUACCCUUUUGAGCUGGUGCUGGGAAUGAAUGGAAGAAUAUGGGUAAAAGCAAAAACAGUUCAACAGACUUUAAUUAUAGUAAACAUUUUGGAAGCCUGUGAGUAUAUGACAGCAGAACAGAGAAAACAAGCACUUGCCAAACUGUCAGGAACUUGACUGAAGAAACCCAUGAGGUUUUGUUUCAGAUAACUGUAGGGCGAGCUAUUUUUGUAUUCAGCUUUAUAUUAAAAUCAUUUUUUUUAAAUGAAGUCCUAGACUUACAUUGUCGUCAUUCUCUAGCUCCUUUCUUUAUUCCCACACCCUGUUCUGCCUUAUUUAGGAACUUUGUUUUUAUCAGCUUUUGUAAUUAUGAAACCUUGUUUAUAGUUAUGUUUUUUGACUGUUGUGGAGACAGUUUCUAAAAGCUUCCAAUAAUUCUGAGUUUUGAGGAGUAACUUCCCCAUCAGGGAAGGUAGUUGUUCAUAGAAAUUAACCAUUACUGCUCAUGGAGAAGCAGUGUAUGCCAGUCCUGUAGGUGCACCAUGUUUCAUAACUCUUAAUAAACUGAAUAGCUUGCUGGUUAAUAAUAAUAAUUAAGUUAGGAAAAGGGAUACAAUUAGAGUAAGCCUAAGUACUGUGUUUAUUCCAAGAGGAAAGAAAACUCUCCCCAGUUACGCAGUUACAACACUCACAUUGUUGCAUCCUAAGUUCAGCCCAUGGAAUUUGACUACUGUUUUCUUUGGCAUCUCACUCGCAUAGAAAUUGGUUCAACAAAGAGUCACUCUUCUGACUCAUCUUUAAUAGGCUUACCUAGGGCUUCCCCUGAUUCAAGAAAAACACAACUAGUUUCCAUACAGACCUAAUGAUUCUCAUCAGGAUUCUCUGAGGGAGAGAAUAGGCGCUUACCACUUUAUGCCUAUCAUUUAGGCACGCCUCAUCAGGCUUUGUAGACCCUCAGAUGUCUCCUUUUAUUUYCAGCUGUCCCCUCUCCUCC